AUGUCUGAUUCUAAGCAGAAUACACCCGAGGCUCAGCCAAUGCUAAAGCGUAUCUCUCAGGAUUUACGAUAUCGCAUUUGGUUUGUCUAUCGAAGGAUAUUCUCUCUGGUUUGGCUUGCAAAUAUCGCAGUCCUUAUUGCCUUCUUUUUGGUUCCAAUUGAUCGGACAUGGCUAACAACUAUUGCGUUGGUCAAUCUCACAAUCUCUAUUGUUAUACGUCAGGACUUUAUUAUCAAUCUGAUCUUCACGCUUUGCUGCGCCUAUACCACCUUGGAGGAAUCCAUUCAGGCUGUGCAACCGCAACUGUUUGUUGGCUUACUGGCUCAUUCGCCUAUAGCAUCCGGAACCGGAUACAGUCCUUCACUGCAUGUUUCUUCAGUAGCAACCAUCGUCCUCUCUGGAAUCGCCUUGGCGAUGCUCAUUGGAAUGGUCCUUUCUGCUUAUCCCACACUACGCAAACUAUACCACGACACAUUCGAAGCCGUCCACCGAUUCUUUGGAUGGUCUGUACUUAUACUUGUGUGGGUCCAGGUUAUGCUUACAGUGAGGGACAACAAGCCUCCUCACCAAUCACUUGGGGAAGCUGUUGUCUGCUCUCCAGAGCUAUGGCUUCUCAUCACCAUUACCACCAGCAUUGCCACUUCAUGGACAUUACUUAAGAAAGUCCCUGUUGACUCCGAGGUACUAUCCGAUCAUGCUUUGCGGUUACAUUUCCAAUAUACCAAUGCCAUUCGCGGAAGCUUCAUCCGACUUUCUGAGCGCCCACUGCUCGAAUGGCAUUCCUUUGCAACUAUACCCAUCGCCACAAACGAGGAUCAGAAAAGAGGAUGCUCAGUGAUUGUUUCAAGGGCUGGUGAUUGGACUAGUCGUCAGAUCAGCAAGCCACCGACUAGAAUUUGGGUUCGCGGUAUUCCCACUAUGGGAGUGAUGCGAGUUGCAUCCCUAUUUCGAAGUGUUGUCUUGAUUGGAACAGGGUCUGGUAUUGGGCCACUGCUAGGACACGUACCCCCCUGUCGAUUGCGGUUGAUAUGGUCGGCACCCAGUCCUCUCAAGACAUUUGGUCAUGGUAUUUUAGACUCCGUCUAUAAAGCUGACCCCGAGGCUGUUGUUUGGGACACACGAGAAAACGGUCGUCCUAGUUUGGUUGAGAUUGCUUGUCAUGCAAUGCAAGAGAUUGACGCCGAAGCUGUGAUUAUUAUUUCGAAUGAGACUGUCACACGCAUAGUUGUGGGAGUAAUGGAGAGGAAAGGUGUUCCUGCGUUCGGAGCUAUUUGGGAUAGUUAG